AUGUACCUCAGGCAUACAAAACCGGCAUCUCGACCUCCAACCUUUCAAUAUGUUUUGAAAUUUAGUUACCUGGAGGAUGGCAGCCUGGAGGUGGUGGAGCCGCGGGAGGAGAACAGCGGCCUGCCCCACGGCAGGUUCCUGAGGCGCCACAGGGUGCCUCGGCCCGGCGGCUGCGGCGGCUUCCUGGGGUGGCGCGACCUGGCGGUGGGCGGGCGCCUGGCGCUGUACGGGCGCGAGUUCCGGCUGCUGGGCUGCGACGGCGCCACGCGCCGCUGGCUUGAGGAGCAGGGCGCGGCGCCCGGGCCGGAGGAGGCGUGGCCUGAGGGGCCCUACGACGUUGUCAGAAAGCAGCAGGUCGGCUGGGAGGCCCCAGGGGGCAGCGAGGGGCCGCCAGCAGCAGGGGCCGAUUUGGUAUCCACGGCGCUGCGGGAGCCGCCCGGCGACCAGGGGGAGCGCCGCGGCGCCCUCGAGCCGCUGGCCGGCUCUGCCGCCGCGCCAUGCGCCGCCGACGUGCGGAGGUGGCUGGAGAACGAUUCCAAGGUGCUGAGAUUCUUCGCUGCCUACAACACUGGUACACACAGCAGCGCCGGUCAGGCCUCGCCCCAGGCGAUCACCGCCGCCGCCGGGCGCAACAGCGCGCUCGCCGCCCUUACUGGCGGCUCUGGCGGUGAGCUGGUGCCGCUGACAGUCCAUUAUUACUUGGCAGACGGCACCAUCGAGGUGGUGGAGCGGCUGCCCAAGAAGGGCGGCAAGGACCCCUUCCCCCGCCUGCUGCAGCGCCGCAAGCUGCCGCGGUCGCUGCCCGCUGUCGACGUCGUGCCGCCCAACGAGCUGUCCAUUGGAGACGACGCGGACACCUCGGCCAAUGCUCUGCGCCUGAUUCCACGUGCCGUGCCGCGCGACUACGCAAAGUGGUCGGCCAACGACCGAAAGACGCUGCGCUUCACAGCUGCCAUGAGGGCGCCACUGCUCAAUGCCUUUGAUGGGGAGCGGAGGUUCGUGGUGUCACUCUUCCUGGAGGAUGACACCCUCUCAGUCUUUGAGCCGCGCCGCACCAACAGCGGCCUGCCGGGCGGCGCCUUUGCCGAGCGCGGGCGCGUGCGGCGUCCAGGGGGCGGCGCGUCGGAUUGCUAUGGGCCGCAGGACAUGAAGAUCGGCGCGGAGCUGUCUAUCAACGGGCGGCGCUUUGAGCUCGAUGGCGCUGACGAGGCAACGUUCAAGGCGAUGGAGGCAGACGCGGCGGCGUUCCCGGGCUCAGACCCCAGUGAGGUGCAGCGGCAGCUGCUGGAGCAGCUGGAUGCCCGGCCCGGGCUGGCAGAGCGCGUCUCCUGCGCGCUGCGGGCGUCCGCGUUGCAGGGCGCCGACACAAGUGGAAGCACCAGCAGCAGCGGCCGUAGCAGCAGCGGCAGCAGGAGUGGCAGCAACGGCAGCAGCAGUGCGUUCCAGGACGGCGGCAGGGGCGGGGGGCAAAACAGGGAGCAGUCGUCAGCGCCUAAGGGGUCCCCGGUGAUGACUGCCCGGCAGCUGCACGAGGCCCUGGCCACCUGCGGCGUGACCGCACCCGCGGGGCUGCACGGCUCGGUGGUGCUGCUGCGCGCGCUUUGCGGCGCCGGAUGCGAAACGCCUGGGCUGCCGGCUGCGGGUGCAUACGCGGCGCCUGUUGCUGAUGUGGCGAGCGCCCUGGGGCUGAGCCUUUGA